AGAGCGAUUUGCGCCAUAUGCUUGGGCUGGCACGGAUCGGACGAGAUUGGAAAAUGUCGCUCCUCCACGAGGUGGGACGGCCAGCCAGCCAACUGUCGCCGCAACUCCUCUGGGCAAAUUGUCAACCCCGACGGCGAGACCAUAUGUCUCGAUUGGCAGCGACCCGGGAGAUGCUCGUCCUCCAACCCAAAGCACAUUCACCAGUGCUCGGGGUGCGGAGGCAGAAACCACGGAGCGCAUUCGUGCAAUCUGGCACAGAAGAACUAA